AUGAGCAAGGCCAAUAUGGAUUCACAAGAUUUGCCAUCCGAACUGAAAGCGUCACCGGAACAGAUACAAUCUCCCGAAGAGGCUAUACGAAAGAAGUUAGAAUCACUACCCCACGAGCAGUUGAAGAAACUAAUAAAUGAUCAGCUAGAUUUGGAAAUUAGACUCAAACACAAGGAAUUGAAUAUGGCAGAUAAUGAACUUAGCAAAACUGAAUCACAGAUGUUGGUACUACGAAAGUUUCUAGAUAUUCCAAAUAAUGACACUUCCAAUACCAACAACUUGACAGUGAAGUAUUAUGAUUUAUUAAACAGGUCAUUAAAUGCAACAUACGAAAGAUUCAAGGAAAAUCCUACGACAGGCAUAUCAUCAGGACCACUCUCAAAUGCUGAUGCAUUGAAUCCACCACCUGGCCACUCAUACAGAACAAGAUCCACUACAUCAUCAUUACGUCCAUCUACGACAUCAGUGCAACGAAAUCCAAAUUUGGGAUGCUUAUAUCGCAGGUCGGAUGGAGUAGUUGUACGAUUGACAUGUCCUGAUUGCCUUCGUAAUAACUUUUCAUCAGCGCAGGGAUUUCUAAAUCACAGCAGGAUUGCUCAUUCAAAAGAAUAUACAUCACAAGAUACCGCUGCAAUCAAAUGUGGUGAAGUUUUACCCGACAUACCACAAGACGCAGUUGGACAAAAAAGUAUAAAGCUAUUACAAGAAAAGGGGUUGGAGCCUUCAAAGCAUUUGAAUGUGAGUGAAUUCUUGUUUGCGGAUGUACUGUCGACACCUACACCCCAGGCGGAGAUUCUUCAGAACUUUGAGUUUCCAAAAAAGGGUGAGAAGGAAGUAGAGAAUAAACUUUCUGCGUCAGACACCCUGAAUGAGCUUAUGAGGAAAUUGGUCAAGGAAGGCAAGAUGGACCUUUCCGAAUACGAAAAGUUGGUUUCAGAAACCCGCAAGCCAGUCAAUAAUGCACAUUUGUUCGAAGAUGAAGUUGAGAGCAAUGAAAGCGAAUCCCCAAUUAGCGAAAUUCCAAGCGCAUCAUCAUUGGUGAGCCUAGGAGAAAGAAAGAGACGACAAUCAAGGGGAGGCAUCAACAUUGCCGUUUUGAAUACUGAGACAGCAGAAGCCACAAGUGGCGAGCCAGGGACAAGUUCAAAUGAUGAAGAACAGGUUAAGAAAAAAGCUCGUAUUUAG